CCCGGCUGCCCUUCGAUUGUAUAAAAGUGAAAGGAGAUGAAGGACAAGUUCAACAGACUGAUACAGCUCCACUGAGACUUUCACCUACUACUACACAGUGAAGAGAACACACACACUUCAGGAUGGCUGCUCCUCGUCUCGCUCUGUCUGUGUUUGUGCUGAUGCUGGCCGUCAUCGCUCUGACUGAAGGUCUGCGUGGUGUUGGCCCAAAGAGAUGCUGCUUUCGUUUCAAUGAAAACGAGGUGCCUAAGGAAAGAGUGGUUGGCUACAUCAAAACCAGCCAGCGAUGCUCCAACCCUGCUGUCCUGUUGAGGACGGUUGCAGGUCGUCAGCUGUGUGCCAGACCUUCAGAUGCUUGGGUGGGGAAGCUCAUCAGCUACCUGGACGCCAAAGCUAACCCAGGACAGACUUCCAACCUUUAACCUUUUAACAACACCACGUCCACUAUCGGACAAAAUCUGUCCAGUUAAUGUGUUGUGAUGCUGCAAUUUCAAACUAAAACUGUCAAAGAUGUGUUGACUAUAAAUAUGUUACUAUCCCCACCAUAAGUCUGCAGGGGGUAAACCAUCUGUCUAUCAAAAUAUAUGUUAAAUAUUAUUAUGUUUUAUUUUUUUACUUUAUUUAAUUAUGGGUCAAAUUUACAUUUAUACCAUUUUCUACAUUUCUGACAGAGAGUUUAAUUUAAGUUUAUGAAACAAUUAUGUUAGUUUUGAUGAAUUCAACACUGAAAGGCCAUCAACACUGUGAAAUACUGUUAUUUGAGUUGACUUACAACUACACUCACUGUUAGAGAGCAACGCCUCCCACACCACUUGUUGUCAUCAGUAGAAUAAGCUACGGGUUACACCACUAUUUCUACAAUGAACCAUUGUUAGCUCUUUGUCUUGUGUUUUUAUAUAAGUGAUGAUGUUUUUGUUUCUAUUUACAGUCAUGUUUCAAGUUCUUUUGACAACAACAAAAAACUAUUUCUGUAUGCUUAUGCUACUCUCUUGAAUUAAAGCAAUACAAUACGACA